AUGGCCAAUACUACUGAAGUUACUUCCGUGGAGGGAAACAGUCCCCCAGGGACAUUCUUGUUAAUUCGAGAAGAUGAUUACGAUCUUCACAGCCGUGUCGUGAUGCUCGAUCCUAUUCCUACCAGUGAUCCAAAUGAGCCAUUGAACUGGAGCACCGCUCGCAAAACCGUCAACUUUACCAUCGUCCUCGGUAUGACUGUCGUAAUUUUUGCAGCCCUCUCUGUGCAAACCAUUUUCUGGCAGGAAAUGGUCGUUGAUCUCCACACCACCUACGCAGACCUCAACAAAGCAAUGUCUGUGAAUUUUGUCGGCUUAGCCUCGGGAUGUUUCCUAUUCAUUCCAUUUGCGAAGAAAUAUGGCCGUCGCCCUAUAUACAUUAUAUCAACAAUUCUCAUGGUCGCUACCUCUUUCUGGUCGGCUAGCUUGCACGGCUUGACUGGGCUUUACAUCGCCAAUUUACUGCAAGGUUUGGCUGGUGCAACCAACGAAGCUAUCGUUGAGAUCACGAUUGCGGAUCUCUUCUUCGUGCACCAUCGAGGCCGUAUGAAUGGUCUUUACAUGACCAUGGUGAUGAUUGGUUCUUUCUUAGCCCCAAUGGCAGCAGGAGCACAGGCAACCAACCAAGGUUGGCGCUGGUCCUAUAUAACCAUGGGCAUAUUCAACGCUAUUUUCCUAAUUCUUUUCAUUUUCGUGUAUGAAGAGACUAAAUACGUCCCUCUCAUCAUGGGUCAGUCGCAACAUGAGCCAGACACGCACAUUGAUAUCCAAUUCGAGGAUCAGGAUCAAAAGAAUUCACGCCAACUAGAGUCUAAGCCUACACAGCCCAUCGAGCCCAGCACAUUGCUUCACGAAUUAGACCCCAGCAUCCCAAUGAAUACAUGGCGCAAGCGUCUAGCACUGGCUACACCAACCCCAGAAACCAUCUGGCCCUACUACUACAGACCCUUCUACGUAUUACUAACCUUCCCGGCCGUCAUGUACACAGCUCUACAGUACGCCUCCGGCGUUGUACUUCUAACCAUAAUGUCCAGUGUUUUAUCACUCACAUUCCCACUUCCACCAUACUCAUUUAACUCCGAGCAAAUCGGCUUUAUGAGCGUGGGCCCCUUCAUCGGGAAUCUUAUCGGCUCCAUAUACGGUGGUUUUUUGGGUGACUGGUCCAUUCUGUAUUUCUCGCGUCGGAAUAAGGGCUUCUUUGAGCCUGAGAUGCGGCUGUAUAUCCUUCCUAUACCUGCAGUUUUUAUGUCCGGGGGUUUGAUCAUGUUUGGCACUUCUAUUGCUAGGGGAAUGCAUUGGAUAUAUCCGAGUAUUGCCGGAGUUUUCUUCGGCUUCGGACUCGGCAGUAUUAGUGAUGCUGCCUUGACGUUAGUCAUUGAUAGUUACCGUGAGAUCACUGGUGAUGCGUUUACUGGAAUUGCCUUUAUGCGCAAUGCCGUAAGUAUUGGCAUUCCAUUUGCUAUUACCCCUUGGAUAGAGCGGAAUGGAACCCAAAACAUGUUUAUUGCUUGUGGAUUUAUCAGUCUUGGGAUUACUUCUUUAAUGAUUCCGAUGAUAAUUUGGGGCAAAGAUGCUCGGCGGGCAUCGGCAGCACGCUAUUAUCGAUUGGUGCAGAAUCAGGGGAGUGCUAGGCAUUGA